AUGGAAAGGGAAAGAGAUGAAGGGGACGACCAACUUGCCGAAAUAAAAAAAAUCGUGUCAAGAAUGAAGCAAAUAUCGGAUAACCUCAAUAAGAUAUAUCUUGUCGCAUCUGCCUUUGACAAAGAAACCGAAGAGAGGCAAGUAGCAAUAUUUCUCAAUGUUGUUGUACAAGAAUCAGUGCAGUUAUUCAAUUCAUUGAAGUUGAAGGAUGAGGAGGAGAAGAAAGACAUCGAUGAAGUUCAAAAAGCUCUUGAAGAAUACCGUUCACCAAAAGGGAAUAUAUUACAUUCAAGAUUCCUUUUCUACAGUAGAAAACAUGAUGAAAUGGAACCAUUUGAUUCAUACCUAAUGGACAUAAGGAAGCUGUGUGAAGAUUGUGAAUCCAAAGAUUCAGAUGACAUGCUCAGGGAUAAAGUGGUUCUGGAUUCAAGAGGUCGUGAAUAA